AUGUGUCGGGCCGGGUGGGGGGCCAGCUCGCCCCUGCAGCAGCUGGACUCCAUCAUCGAGCAGACUGCCCUGGCCGGCGUCCCGCCAACCGGGCUGCUGGCCCUGGCGCGCAUGCUCCGAGCCCGCCUUUCUGACCCGCAGGCCAUCCUGCUGGACCGCCUGGCUGACGCCCUGCACUCGGCCAGCCGGGUCAUGCUGUCGACCCUGCUGUCCUGCCCGGCCGGGGUGGACGCCCUGGACACGGUCAUCAGCCAGGUGUUCGACCAGCUGGUGGAGGUGCUGGAUGCGCUGACUCCGCCGGAGGAGGAGGAGGAGGCGCAGGGGAAGGGCCGCCGGGCGCCGGGGCCCGGGCAGGCCGGCGGCCACACGCUCGGCGCCCUGGCCGGGGCCCUGCCAGCCGGGGCGGUCCUGCCCCUGGCGCUGGCCCUCUGCGGCUGGGUGUACUGCCUGCUCGGGGCGUGCGACCGGCACCUGGCCCGGCUGCGGGCCACCGGGGCCCGGCGCUCGGGCGGGGCCUUUCUGGCGGCGGCGGCGGCGCUCGGGGCCGGGCCCGGGGGGUCGGCCGGCGACGCGGCCGGCGACGUGGAGUCGGCCUGGCGCCGACGCGACGCGGCUCUGGCCCUGCGCCUGCGCCAGUGGCCGGGGCUCGGCGGGCCGGCCGGGCCGAGCCGGGUCCUGGCCCGGCUGGACCGCGUCCGGCGCGGCCCCAGCCACCUGGCCGCCGAGCACCCGGGCGAUCUGUCCGGGCCCGGGGCCAUCUUCCGGGCCCUGGUGGCCCUGUGCCAAAUGCUGCCGGACCGCCGGGCGGAGCUCCGCCUGCUGGACCCGCCGGAGGCCAUGAACAGCUCCUGGGCGCCGCCCUUCUCGCCGGCCGGGUCGCCGGACCCGCUGGAGGUGGCGGCCGGGGCGGCCGGCCAAUCGGACCCGGGCGGGGCCCGGGCCGGCGGGGCCCGGCCGGCGGCCACCCCCGGCCUGGCCGGCGUCGCCUCGCCCCCGGACCAGCCGCUGGCCGCCCUGAGCAGCUACCUGACCGGGGCCGGGCGCCGGGCGCGCAUCGCCGGGGUCCUGCCCCCGGGCGGGGCUCUGGCCCGCGGCGGCCGGGCCAUCCUCAGCACCCUGCUCGGGGGCGGCCCCGAGCCCGACGCCGGCCGGUCCGACGGCCAGGCACCCGGGCCCGAGCCGCCCAGCCCGGCCGGCCGGCCACGCACGUCGUCCACCGGGCCCGAGCCCCGGCCGGCCGGCCGGGCGGACCACCCCCGCGCGCCCGAGCAGCCCGCCCCGCCGGCUGGCGCCGAGCCCGGCCCCGGCCCCGGCCCCGGGCCCGGCCCCUCGGCCACCGGAGGACCGUCCACCCUGCUGGUGGUCCUGCUCGGGGGAACGACCCCGGCCGAGGCGGCCGACUUGCGCCUGGCCGGCCAGCGCGCCGGCGUGCGCGUCAUCCUCGCGGCCACCGGCCCCGGGCUGUGCAACUUCGCCGACGCCGGCCGCGCGCUGCUGCUGCCCUAG